AUGGCUGAAACAACCAAAGCCGCUAAACGGGCACGAGCAAAUACAGCUGGUGAAGCCUAUGGCAGUCUAGAUGGAGAUGAAACUUCAGUAUCACAGCGAGCACCAGCAGUUGAUGUUUUUAAGCUUCGAGAAAAUGUUGAACAACUCGAUCGAAACAUCCUCGCCGAUAUUGUCAUCCAAGCAUCCCAGAACCAUCCCGACGUGGGUGGGAUGGUAGAUGCUGAGAUACGCAAGAUCCGUGAAAGAGAGCAAAGCCGCGUUAAAGUCUUCGACCAUUAUUCGAAAAUGCACAAUAUGAUAUCCGCCUUCGAUGUGGCUAAUGAUAUCGUUUCCACUGUUCAAAGUAUUGCAAAACAAUGUGGUCCCUUUGCAAGUACCCAAACGCGUUGGAAUGGCCUUUCUGUGCUACGGAAGAUCGGCAAGACGAUUGCGCUUUCGUCGAACGAUACCUUGGGCCAUGAGGUACAGAAGCAUUUUCAAUCGGACUCAACUUUCGUGGACGGGAUGUGGGAUAUCGUGUCUGCAAUGACGCCUGAGGAAAGACAGAAGAUAAGGCAAGAUGAGUCAAGCCCUGAAGCGUUGUGGCCGAAGUUACUGGAGCUGGAUGAACUCCGAGAAAAUUGUUGCAUUUUCGAGGAUUUUGGAGGAGUGCUGGAUCUGUUGGAAGGAAAGGAAGGAGAAAAUGGAGAUCAUGGCGAUGAGGGCGAAGACGAGGAAAGUGAAGACGAGGAAGGCGAUGAUUACGAUGACAAGGAGUAA